GGCGGGACGGAUUUCACCGGCGCACACGCAGUGAACUUUCACCCCUUACACUGGGUUUUUUAUUGUUUUGAUUUAGCAGGUUGUCUUUUCAAGUGUCUCCACUGAAAGACGGAUUUAAAACUAGUAGUGCUGUAGAGGACUUAGUCAAACGCGUACAGAGGAUGUAAAUAAAGACCAGUGUCGAACAGUUAUUGGCGUUUCUGUUGACAAAGAUGUUUUCUCCAAGAUAAGCUAACGUUAGCUGUCUGGCUAUCGUAACUUAGCGUACGUAGCUUUGGCAACAACAUGACGAUGAUGAUGAUGAUGAGGAUGAGGAUGAGGAUGAGGAGGAGCGGUGUGUAGGAGCGACCGACCAGACAUCGGAUCGCGCCGAUUUCCUGCUUGUCAAUCACAGAUCUCCGGGAUUAUAUUGUCUUUGUGUCUGGAUAGCCACAACACGGCUUUAAAACCGACCAAACAAACAAACAAACAAACAAACAAAACUGGUUACAUUAAACCAACAAGUUAUCUUCGAGGAGUAAUUGUGGUCGGUUGGACGUUUGCAUCACUUUCUUUCAAUGGGGGAAGAAAAGCCGGACACGCUUGACUUUGUGAAGGAUUUCCAGGAGUAUCUGAGUCAGCAGACUCAACAUGUCAACAUGAUAUCAGGCUCUGUCAGCGGCGUCAAGGAGGCUGACGAGCUGCCACCAGACUGCAGUCAGAAUGGACUGGAUCACCCGUCAGUGGACAUGUCACUGGAGGACAGCUCAGGGAUCCUGGUAGAUGGUUUCGAGAGGACCUAUGACGGGAAGCUCAAGUGCCGCUACUGCAACUAUGCCACCAGAGGCACAGCAAGACUCAUUGAGCACAUCCGAAUUCACACAGGAGAGAAACCUCACCGCUGCCACCUCUGCCCGUUUGCCUCAGCCUACGAGCGCCACCUGGAGGCCCACAUGCGGUCGCACACAGGUGAGAAGCCUUAUAAGUGUGAGCUGUGUUCAUUCCGCUGCAGUGAUCGUAGCAACUUGUCGCACCAUCGCCGCCGACGCCACAAGCUCCUGCCAAUGAAAGGUGCUCGCUCACUCUCCCAUAAGAAGAUGCUGAGUGUUUUACAGAAGAAGGCCAGCUCAUUGGGCUACGGCCGCCGACUCCUCAUCAACUUCAGCCCCCCUUCUAUGGUGGUGCACAAGGCUGACAAUGUGAACGACUUCUCCCACGAGUUGCCCCAUUUACGUCAGGAGACCUAUGAUAAUCAGAGUCGAGCAGUUGAGGAUGGACACUCCGCAAAUCAAAAUCACCAUCACCAUGAUAUGGUUAUGGAUAACCCCCUGAACCAGCUGUCCACCCUGGCAGGCCAGUUGGCCAGCCUCCCUUCAGAGUCCCAGGCCCAGACUCAACCACCCAUGUCUCCAGGAGCAGAGUCUAUCGUCGACGAGAAGCCCUUCCUCAUCCAGCAGCCGCACCCUGCCACAGCUCCCGUGGCCAGCAUGGUCCAUGCCUCAUCCUCUUCCCCAAUCACCCCAGAGCCGCGGGCUCCUCCUCACAGCAAUUGCAGCCCUGGAGGGGGGCCCUGCAGCGAGCACAGUGGACGCACCAGCACCCCUAGUAUCUCCAACAGCCAACCCAGUACGCCGGCUCCAGGCCUUUCCGCUCCACUCCAGGACCCCCACAUGCUGCAUCACUGCCAGCACUGUGACAUCUACUUCCCCGACAACAUCCUUUACACCAUCCACAUGGGUUGCCAUGGUUACGAGAACCCAUUCCAGUGCAACAUCUGCGGCCACAAGUGCAAGAGCAAGUAUGACUUUGCCUGCCACUUUGCCCGCGGGCAGCACAAGUAACGGACGGAUAAGGAAAUCUUUGAAAGAACUUUUAACGGACAACUUUGUUUUAUUAAUUCUAUAGUAAUUUUAUUUAUUGGUCUUUUACUUGGCCUUGAUGUAGCCUAGCCUUUGAAAGUUGUACUUAUACAGGAAAAUGUCAACAUUCAGAUGGUUUGUAUGGUGCCCAUUCAAGUGUAUUAUAAAGGGAUGAUCAGUGUUUUCAACAGGUUGAGAAUUUAUUUGUGGUGGGGGAGUUACACUCACAUGCUGUCAUAAAUCAGAAAAACUACUUACUUAACCUUAUUUAAUGUCGUAGAUUACCAAAUUCACAAUCUUCCUUGAAAUUUGUUUGUUAUUUGGGUUUGGUUUUUAAUAAGCAGAGCUCAAAAACAUAAGGCUGUUGUUGGAGGCUGAUGUUGGAGUUUUCCCCUAGAAACACAAAUGUAACUGACUGGCAAACUUUCAAAUGCAAUACCAUGCAGCACUAACUAAAAUUUAAAACUUUCACUGUUCCUAUCUAAAGCAAAUGUAGAUGGGUAAAAUUGUAUGCAUUUUAAAUGGCCACAAAUCAGACUGAGGAUGAAUAAAAACCAGUGGCCAGUGGAAGGAAAUCAUCAGAAAACUAAAACCAACGUAUUAAUAAAUAAAGCGAUAACACUGCUGCUGAGGGCAGAAUACAUACUAUACGAUUGCAGUUACCAAAUGUAAACAGAAAAAACAUAUAUGACUGUAGCUCACCUGUGCCUGCCAUCACAGUUAAGGGGGGAAGGGCUUACUCUCAACAGCAUGUCUCUUUUUAUAAUAAUACAACAUGCAAACAAAAAGAAAAAAGAAAAGCCUUUUCUAGGGUAACUGAGUGGGCAGCCCAAAUAAAUUCUCAACACUCCUGGAGCUUUAUCAAAUGAUUGCUCUGGUGAUACUAACACAGGAGUGAAACUGUUGGCCUAGAGAAAACUCUUACUUAAGCCUUGUUGAAAUUAUUUCAGUGCUUGGUGCAUUACUACUAUUUCUUUGCAGUGCCUGACAUAGUCACUUUCUUGUGUGUCCAAGAUAGAGAGGACUGUUAUUUUGAAGAUUAAUGGAUAUUAUUACAAUAUCCUCUUCUUACUGUAAUGGGUAGGCCCAGAACCUUAGAAAAAAAAAAAAGUUUGGCCAUUGUAGUUUUCAAUGGUAGCCAUGAUUUUUAUUUUGCCAAAAUUCUGCUCCAUGAAUGCUGCUAAGAAACUUUGGGAUCAAAACUAUAUGGAUGGUAUCCACUGUAAAACCUGGCCAAACUUUGUAUCAGUGGUUUUUGGUCAGCCAGCUCAGUUGUUAAACUAGAUUUUGUAGAAGUCGUGUUGUUCUGACGUCCCUCCACACAGUGCCCUUCUUUGACCAGCAUCAUGGUAACUUCACUCGUUUUGUUAAAAGGGUUUUGCAUAAUCCUUUUAAUUGUGUCACAUUCUGAUCUUUUGAUAUUGUAUGAAGUCACUUUGAUAUCCAGUGUCUCCAUGUUUAGGACAGAAUCAAGUCUUGUGUCUCAUGUGAACAGUUUUUCAGAAUUGCCACGUCGCACUGGGGAUGCCACGUUUGAGCCUUUGUGAUAACAAACACUGAGAUUCUGCAUUUAUCAUAUGGAUCCCAGUGCUUUUCUGAAUAUUUACUGAGUAUUGUAUUCUGAGUGGUUGGAUAGAUGUUCAGUGUCAAAAAAGCAAAACCAUGUUGCAGUAAGACUGCUACUUUAUCAAGAUUGUUCUUUGUCUUGGGUACUGUUGUCUGUUGCUUAGCAACAUGCGUGAAGAACAUAGUUACUGUUUAUAGGACCACCUCCUUGUCACCAUGCUAACCAGUAAUAGGGGCAUCCAGUAAUGACUGCCUUAUGUUCUCAGUGUGUCGUAGGUUCCUAGGUAAUGGUGAAUGUUGAAGCCUUCCGGCGAUCACUCUCUCCCUCUGGGAUGGCAAAUCAUUUUAUUGUGACAUGAAUUAAUCUAACUAAUUUAUAAGUAAAGUGUUUUCUAACUGA